GUGACCGUCUAAUUAUUAAGGUUAUGAUACCAUGUUAAAAAAAUCAUCUCAACCUAAUAGCUUAAGUUAUUAAAUGAGGUUCCAUGAUUUAUAUUAUUCUCUAACAAGAUGCGUCAUAUUAUUUUUCAUGGGCAUUUUGCAUAAAGUUUCGGCUAUUGUUAGGUAGUUAAUGGGGGGAGUCUAGGGAAGAUGGGGAUCUCCAAUGUUUUAAAUUGGGACCUUAUUUUGUUUUAUGUUAGGCUGCAUGUUUUCUGUGCACUCUACUGGUAGGAGAAAUAAUGAAGAACACUUGCUUUACUGACCAUGUAGCUCACCAAUAAAAUGAAUUGUUGACAUAAGGUGAUAACAUGCGAAACAAGGUACUCUAUAAGUAUCACAUUAAAGACUUCUAAAACAAAAAAUUCAGGUAACGCAUAGUAACACUUUACAGCUUAACUUGUCAUUCAAGUGUUAGAAGGAGAGUGGUGUAAAGAAAGACUUGCAACUUUUGUUUGUAUAGAAGCUCUUGUGACUUAUUAUUCCUUCCUUGACAUCUUUGUUCCCGCAUCACUAUCAGAAAUUCACUAAAUAACAACGGAUUUACCGACGGAAUAUGUCUGUUGGUAAUUUGAGGUCGAAAUUACCGACGAAAAAUUUUCCGUCCGUAAUUCAGUCGGUAACUACCGACAAAAACUUUUUCGUCCGGAAUGCAGUCGGUAACUACCGACAAAAAAUUUCUGUCGAUAGUUACCGACUGAAUUACGGACGGACAAGUUUCCGAAUUGAAAAAAAAGGCGGGUCGCUGACGUGGAGGUUUUGGCGGGUUAUUUUUUCCGACGAACUCACCGACGGAUUCAAAACGACAGCCCGUACAGUGACGUGACCGGUUCGCCUUUUAAAUUGCCGACAGACUCACCGAGGGAUUUGAAAUGGCAAAUCCGUGCGGUGAUGUGUCGAUUUUUCCAUCAGAAUCACCGACGGAGUUUCCGUCGGUGAAACCGUCGGAAAAAGUUAAUAUAUGUCAGCUCUGCCGACCCUCUCCUCCCCUAUUUCUCCUUCUUCUUCCUAAUCCCAACUCUCCCCAUCUGCAAACAACCAGCCCCCCUCCCCCCAAACAAAAAUCUCCCUCAUAUCAGCACAACAAGUUAUAUUUCUUGAAGUUUUGUGGUCACAGCAUCCGUAUUCUGAUUUAUCGACGGAUUUUAUAAAUUUUUAUAAGUAAUUCUAUCUUUUUAAAUUUUAACAUUUAAUUAAAUGUUAAUUUUAUUGUUAUUUUAGUAUAUGUAUUUUGUUAGUAGAUGUACAUGUUUUAUUGUCAUUUCUCAAACAAACUUGUAGUAUAUGAAUGUAUAAUUCUAUACCUGUUAUGGUUUGUUUUAGAUUUUGUAAGAUUGUAUUUGUUUGUAAAUUGUUAAAACUUUAUGGAACUACCGAAGUACAUGUGCUGUUUUGAAAUAAUUAAUAGCUUGCUUAAUGGGUCCGUUUAAAGUUUUAUCAAUGGUAUUGUGGAGUGGUAAUUUCCAUAAGUUUAUAUAUUUUAAUUUGUAUGGACGUUGAUAAAUGAUAAUGAAUAUUUAAUAUUUAUGAGAAGUUGUGAUUGGUUUGUUAGAUAAUCUCGAGGUAAAGUAAUAUUUUUACAAGUUUAUUUACCUAACUUAGUUAAUUAAUGCAUGAUGUCAUCAUAAUUUUAUAGAGGUUCGAUAUAAGUCAUGGAUGAUCGUUCAUGGAUGUACCGAGAUUCACCCCAAGGAUUGCGAAGGAUGGAUUAUUGUAACGGGGUUCAGGGUUUUAUUAAUUUCGCAACAUCUAUUUCUAGAAAUUUUACUGGAGGCGGUAUUAGGUGUCCAUGCAGGAAGUGUCAAAAUAAAAAGUAUCUGCAUCCAGAUGUUGUAAUGAUGCAUCUUCUACACAAAGGGUUUAUGGAGAAUUACCAGUGUUGGUAUGCACAUGGAGAAGUAUUUGAUAGUAAGAGGAGAAUGGAAGAAACGGUGGUUGGGUCUACUUCUAGUUCUAGCAACGUGCAUGAAGCGGCAAAUGACAACAUUAAUCCUUACAGAAAUAUGGUUAUGGAUGCAAUGAGAAUGAAUCAAGGUAAUGUCAGUCAAUGUCCAAUCGUAGAAGAAGAACCUAAUGCAGAUGCAGCUAGGUUUUUUGAUUUGUUGAAAGAUUCCGACGAACCAUUAUGGGAUGGCAGCACGAACCACAAUAAAUUAUCGGCCGUAGCACAGGUGUUCACCAUCAAGUCAGAUCACGGGUUGAGUGAGGCCGGGUAUGCCAAGAUUAUUGAAUGAGCAAGAAGCAUUUUACCUGAAGGGAACAGGCUGAAAGAGAACUUCUAUGCUGCGAAGUCCAUGAUGAAACCCUUCGGUUUAGGAUACUAGAAAAUUGACAUGUGCCCUAACUUCUGCAUGUUAUACUACCUUGAAAAUGCUGAGAUGACCGAGUGCAUGACAUGCGGGCAUUCCCGUUACAAACCUAGAACUAGCAGGGGAAAGACUCUAGUGGCAUAUAAAAAACUUAGAUACUUCCCGAUCACACCUAGACUGCAGAGGUUAUUCAUGUCACCAAGGACUGCUGAGCACAUGACAUGGCACCAAGCACAUGAUGCGGUUGAUGGAGUGAUGGUGCAUCAUUCUGACGGCGAAGCGUGGAAACUCUUUAAUAGUGUGCAUCCUCAAUUUUCAGCUGAAUCAAGGAAUGUGCGUCUUGGGUUAUGUACAGACGGAUUCAACCUAUUUGGGUCAUUUGCUGCUUCUUAUUCUUGUUGGCCGGUCAUACUCACAGUUUAUAACUUGCCACCGGGAAUGUGUAUGAGGCCGGAGUUCAUGUUUUUAUCUAUUAUCAUACCCGGUCCAAGUAGCCCGGGGCGGAAUAUAGAUGUUUGUCUUCGACCGUUGAUUGAUGAGUUGGCGCAGUUGUGGUCCUCCGGAGCUCUGACUUAUGAUAUAUCGAGGAAACAAAAUUUUCUUAUGAGGGCGGCUUUGAUGUGGGCUAUCAAUGAUUUUCCAGCUUAUGGAAUGCUUUCUGGUUGGAGCACGCAUGGGAAACUCGCAUGUCCAUACUGCAUGGAAAACAACAAGGCAUUCACGCCAGCAAACGGAGAGUUGAAAAAGAUGUUGCAUCCCUGCAUCUUUCUGGUGAAGAAUUGCAUGAUGUUGUCUCAGAGUACGGCGACAUUGUGUUUGGCCUUCAAUCAGGUAAGUAAAAGUUUCCUGGUUUUGGUUUGACCCAUAAUUGGGUAAAGCGAAGUAUCUUUUGGGAGCUUCCUUAUUGGAAGACCAAUCUGCUCCGCCAUAACCUUGACGUCAUGCACAUUGAAAAGAACACGUUUGAGAACAUUUUCAACACCGUCAUGGAUGUGAAGGGGAAGACAAAGGACAACAUCAAGGCUAGAUUGGAUAUAGCUUUAUACUGUAACCGUAAAAAUAUGGAGUUGGUUUAUGAUGAGUCACGGGUCGCAAAACCAAGAGCAAGCUUCGUGUUAGAGAAAAACGCACAACUGCUAGUCUACAAAUGGCUUAAGAGUCUGCGUUUUCCGGAUGGACAUGCAUCAAACAUAUCAAGGCUGGUUAAUAUAGAGGACUGCAGAUUGUAUGGAAUGAAGAGUCAUGAUUGCCACGUGUUUAUGCAAACACUCAUCCCAUUAGCUUUUCGUGAUUUGUUGCCAAAGGGAAUAUGGGAUGCACUCACGGAGAUCAGUCAUUUCUUCAGAGAUAUAUGCUCCAGCAAGUUGAAUGUUGAUCACAUUGAGAGGCUUCAAACGAAUAUCGUCGAGACACUAUGCAAACUUGAGAUGAUAUUCCCUCCAUCAUUUUUUGACUCAAUGGAGCAUCUCCCUAUACAUCUACCGUUCGAGGCAAAAGCUGGAGGACCGGUCCAAUAUAGAUGGAUGUACCCAUUCGAACGGUACUUGUUUAAUCUCAAGAAAAAGGUUAAAAAUAAGGCGCAUGUUGAGGCUUCGAUAUGUGAGGCCUAUAUUGUUGAGGAGAUCUCAACAUUUAUCUCGUACUAUUUCGAACCUCAUCUGAGAACGAGAAUCAAUCGCGUUUCACGGCAUGAUGAUGGCGGUGAAGUGUCUUCCAGUGGGAACUUGUCAAUAUUCUCCAAUACUGGACGACCCACACCUAAAAAUGCCGUAAGAGGAAGAUAUUUGUCAGAAAUAGAGUUCAAACAAGCACACAACUAUGUUCUAUUUAACUGUGAUGAGCUGAGACCUUUUAUUCAGCAACAUCGACAAUAUUUGCUCUCCAAUAACUCACAGCUGACCGAAUCCCAGAUCUUUCAAUUACAAGAUGAACAGUUUGCCACGUGGUUCAGAACACAUGUAGGCACUAUCACAAACUCAUUCUAACUUGCAAAAUUAUUGUACGUAUGCAUGUCAUUGCGAGAUUCUCGUUCAUUUACUGUUUAUUGAUGUACAUUACAUACAAGGUUUAUCAAAUGGGAAGGAGUGCGCCUAAGUCAUUGUUUUCACUAAGCCUAGGGCCUGAAAGAAAAUGUAAGUGCUACAACGAGUAUUUUGUCAAUGGAUAUGUUUUCCAUACUGAAGAAUAUGGGCAAGGAAGAAAGAUAUACAACAACGGUGUUUUUGUUAAGGGAUCCACUAGUAGUGAGUUAGAAGUUGACUACUAUGGUAGAUUAGAAGAGGUCGUCGAACUGCAAUAUCAUAACGAGCAGAAUAUAGUGUUUUUAUUCAAAUGCUAUUGGUAUGACACGACUGACAGAGGAAUCAGAGUUGAUCCGCACUAUGGUCUGGUCGAAAUCAACUCAAAAGCUAGACUCCGCAACAUAAACGAUGUUUUUGUUU